AUGAAGGCAUUCUUCCUACUUGCGAUUUGUCUGCAGUCUUUGGAAGCCCGAGAAGUCUGGUCAAACGAUCCUUCAUUCCCUGCCCAUCGGCUCCAGCGUCGACGUUUUAGCCAAGAGUCCAUCCCAUUCCACCUGUUUAAUAUCGAUGGCUGCCCUGGGCAAAUAUGCGGGAACUUAGGUCACUUAUACCAAGCCUUUCGAUUGGAAGUCCAUCCUCAGUUUACUCAUGCCACCAAAUCUCCCUGUUUUCCGAUUAACCCCACAGGCGGCGGCUCCAUAACGCCUCUGCUAGCCUUGAAACCUCCCUGUGACCAACAAGAUUACGCCGACAAGGUUAUUGAUGCUGCUUUGGACAAAACCAAUGGUAUCACCGACCAGUCGGUUAGGGACCGGCUAAUCCAAGUGGCCAAGCUUUACCGUGUAGUGAGCAAGAGCCGAAAGAAAUACCAAGCCACUCACUAUCCGCUUCAGGUCGGAAGGUACUCGCUGUACUGCGACAAGGCGCCGAGGCACAAAGAGCUGGACGGCCUGGUUCAAAAGCAGGACCCAACAGCCAACGGCACAAUCUUCUUCGAUCCUUCGAAGAAAGACAUCAACGAUGGUACUGUUUUGCUCGGCAGUCAGGCAAACACCUUUCCAUUUGGAAAAGUACCCAAGGAUUUCAAACCGGGGAAUCCACCUUCAGGGUCCGCAGCUGGUGGAUCAACCCAGCAGAGCACGGACCAAACCAAACCGGAUGUUACUGCCGACAGCUCGAAACCUGGCGAUCAACAGAACGCUGUAGCCUCCGAUGGAGACCAGACCGACAGAACAAAAACCGACAGCUCCGGAUCCGGCAGUACAGACCCACCAAAGGAGAACAGUUUAGACGGUGGCAAUCAAAACUCGACAUUGCAGAACAGCCAGGAUCCGAAAAACCAGAACCCUAACGAAGUGAAAACUACAGAGCCAGACAACGAGAUCGGCGGAAGUUGUGGAGGGGACGAUGAAAACAAAGAGGAAUCUACCACCUCGAGCACCGAAGAUCACCAGAAGCAGCAAAGCGUAGACUCUAAUGGCAAUACCGACACAAAAACUCCGGACCCAACUGUCAGCACCUCGACUACUGCUACUCAAACAGGCCAGGACCAGAACAAUGUAAAUCCCGAUGGUCCCCAAACUACAGGCGGCAGUGGAGGAGAUGAUCUGAGCAGCUUGAGUUCUAAUUCAGAGAAAACUGACGACAACUCCGGAAGCGGUAACAAGCCCGACGCGAUCAAAACUACAACUGCCGACCCCAAUCUCAGUAGCACCAGUACCCAAUCGGCCUCAUCAACUGACCCCUCAAAUACCGGAAAUCAGGAGCAAAGCGUAAACCCCAAUGUCAAAACCGAAACGAACACUGGCGGCCCUACUGUGAACAGCUCGACAGAAGGAGAUGGACAGAACACCGUAGCUUCGACAAAUGAUGCCAAGCCCAACAACAUCACAACUACAUCUACCGACCCCACAUCAAUUGGCGGCUCGAAUACCGGAGAUCAGCAGCAGCAAAGCACAGACUCCAAUGGCAAAACCGCGUCUACCGGUUGUGCGGGUGGCGAAGACGAUGACGACUUGAAGACUGAAUCUACCGAAAGUUCGCAGCAGAAUGGCAAAACCGACCCUUUGAUAGAUAGCAAUGGAAGCACUACAAAUUCGACUGACGCUAAACCAACCGAAAACUCGGGCUCGAACGGCACCCCACCAACCAACGCCAAAAUCAUAGCAAGUUCUCCGGACCUUCAAGCUGCUCUGGAUAAAGUUCUUGCUCAAAAGAUUGAUUUAAGCAGUCUCAAGAAAGAAGAAUGCAAAGAUUUCAGAAUCGAAUUUGGUUCCGGGUUUAAGGGUCGCCAAGCAACAGAUUUGGCUUACGAACCUCUCCAACCUAUUUUUCCUCACCCCCCUGCAUUGAUCAUGUGCGACAGCCUUCACAACACAUGCGGCGUGGAACAAGGCUCCGCUCAGGAGAGCCUUUUCAAGGAUUGUAAGACACUUUCUGACGGGCUGGGUAAAGUCGUCAAGGACGGUUCAAAGGCUGAUUUAUGGAACUCUGUCUUUCACUACACAACUACUUACGCAACCGAAAAGGCCACUGGUCCGGGCACCGGUGGGAAGGGCGACGGACAGAUGCACAAGCCAGAGGGCAGCACUGCCACCACCAACUCCGCCAGCACUGCAAGUACCACGACAGCCAAUGCUAACCCGCAGGUCCAGUCUAUGGACCCCUCAAAUCAGAAGGCAGACAGCGGAAACACGGAUCCAAACAUGAACAUGAACCAGAAUCAGUCUCAGAACGACCAAAACAUGAAUCAGGACAUGCAAAACAUGAAUCAGGACAUGCAAAACAUGAAUCAGGGCAUGCAAAACAUGAAUCAGGGCAUGCAAAACAUGAACCAGUAA